AUGGGCCAUGCAAUAGCUAUGGGCCCGCUGAAGAGCCAAAUUGUUCUGUUACAGAUGACUGAAAACUUGUGUGUGCCGUUAGACGCAGUACAGUGUAACUUAUUGCACAAGGCUGGGAAGAUCAUGACAAGUCAAGCUGGUGCAUUCAUCUCAAUUGAAUGUGUGUCUCAGGUGUAUGAAAACACAUAUUUCCGAGGAGGUGAUAUUGCUAAGGUUUUUACCCCGAAUGUGGACUACUGCCAAAUAGUGUGCACAUAUCACCCAAGAUGUCUAUUGUUCAGCUACCUGCUGGGAAACUGGACAGCACAUGCUGCAAACAGGUUCACAUGCCUCCUGAAAGACCAUGAUAAUCAAAUGUUGCCAAAAAUACCUCUGGAAGGAGUCAUCUCAGGACAUUCCCUGAAACAGUGCCCUCAAGUCACUGCUUGCAGCAAGGAAAUCUAUGAAGGACUGGAUAUGCAAGGAGGAACAACUUAUAAUGUAACCAUUGAAGACAGUUACCUGCAUUGCCAUAGAAGAUGCACCAACGCGAUUCACUGUCAAUUUUUCACUUAUGUCUCGCCAUUAAAUCAAGCUGCAGACCUUCGCAAAAAAUGCUUCCUGAAGUAUAGCACCACAGGAACACCAGCCCAAAUAAAAGUGCUUAGCAAAGUUGUAUCAGGAUUCUCACUAAAACCUUGUCAACUUGCUGAAACAGUUAAAGAUUUCUUGAAGUAUACAUGUCUCAUGAUGACAUCAAAAAGUGGAAUACCAAAUACUUUUGUAGAGGCAAAAAAUGCUUUGUCUGGCUUCACUCUCCUAAACUGCCGAAAAAGUAUACCUGCCUGUCAUUCUCAGAUUUAUCCUGAUUUGAACUUUCUGGGGAUGGACCUGAAUGUGGAGUAUGUUGAUGGGCCCAAGGCGUGCCAGCAGCUUUGUACAGACACUGUCCGCUGUCAAUUUUUUACCUAUUCUCCAAGCCAAGCUUCAUGUAACAGAGAAGGUAAAUGCAAAUGCCACUUAAGAAUGUCGACCAAUGGGUCUCCACACAAAAUACUCUUUGAGAAUGAAAAGAUUUCUGGCUACUCUUUAAGACUUUGUCAAGUGAAAGAGAGUCCUGUAUGUGUGCAGAAACCUUUACUGGACUCGAGGGUUGUUGGAGGAACAAAUUCUACUCUUGGAGAAUGGCCCUGGCAAGUCAGCUUGCAUGUGAAGCUGUCAGUCCAGAAGCACCAUUGUGGCGGUUCGAUUAUCGGUGACCGGUGGAUACUGACUGCUGCUCACUGCACAGAAGACCUUCUGAUACCUGAUGUUUGGCGGGUCUAUACUGGAAUUCUGAAACAGUCAGAGAUAAAUGAAGAUACCCCCUUCUUUAAGGUGCAAGAGAUUAUUGUUCACCCUGAGUAUGAGGUUUCAGAGGAAGGAUAUGACAUCGCUUUAAUGAAACUUGACAGACCCAUGAAUUUCAGUGAUUUACAGCAGCCUCUCUGCCUGCCAACCAAUGAAGACACAAAGGAGAACACAGGAUAUACCAAUUGCUGGGUGACUGGAUGGGGUUAUACAACCGAGAGAGGUCAAAUACAAGAUGUUCUACAAAAGGUCAAUAUCCCUCUAAUAGCAAAUGCAGAAUGUCAGUUGCGAUACCGAGACUUCAGAAUACACAACAAGAUGGUGUGUGCUGGCUACAGUGAAGGUGGAAAGGAUGCUUGCAAGGGAGAUUCAGGUGGACCUCUGCAAUGUAAACACAAGAAAGCCUGGUAUCUAGUUGGUAUCACCAGCUGGGGUGAAGGAUGUGCCCGUCCAGAACACCCAGGAGUUUACACCAAUGUGGCUGAAUUUGUAGAGUGGAUUCUAGAAAAAACUUCAUAG